AUGGAUCAGAUCCUUAGUCGGCUGGAUAUGGUCAACGUCCUGGCCUCUAUGGUGUCCAGAUCGACGGAGAAGAUCCGCCGUGAGAUAGCGGUAGACUUGGGCUAUGGGUACGCUGAGCCGGCGUCGAUCGGUGCUAAGCGUAAGCCCGUGGUCAGCCCGCUUCCUACGCCAGCUCCUCCGGCAGUCGGAGCCAGACCUUCGGGUCAGGGACCGAUCGAGGCGGUCCCAUCUAUCCAGGUGGUCGAAGCUUCCGAAAGGAAGAAGUGGGGGCUCAGGCUCCAAAAUAUCUGCGAGCGCGCAGGAGCGGCCUCUGGGCUCAACGAUGCAAAGCGGUGCGCUGGCCUGUUGCCGGCUGAGGCAGCUCGCCUCAAGAGCUUGGCAUUUGAGGCAGGCGGGUUCCGCACCAUCAGGCAGAAUGUUCGAUAUUGGGAGAAGUUUGAAGAGUGGUCGAUCGGCCACGGACUGCGUGUGUACCCGCCCACGAUCGUCGCAGUCAUGAGCUAUGCACUGCACUUACGCGAUCAAGGGUGCGGUCCCUCCAUCUUGCCCGCGUUCAAGUACGCACUGGGGCGGAUAUGCAAGAGGCUCGUCAUGCAGACCCCGAACAUGGCAGAUCCGCAGCUCAAGGCCAUCAUCGACGAGGUCUACAACCUGCGGGGCAAGGAGCUCAAAGAGGCGGUCCCUGUGCCGCCGAAGAUGGUUUUUGCCCUUGAGCUCCUUUGCAUGAGGCUCAUCAAGGAGAAGAAGGAUGCAGCUGCGAUCUUCGUGUGGUGGGUGCUCAUCCUUAUCUAUGCGUCGCUCAGGUUCGACGACGGGAUCCACGUAGCCCCGCUAUCACUGCAGAUGAACCAGGACGCUCUCCUGGGCGUGGUAUGGCAGACCAAGGUCGAAAGGAAGAAGCGAGGCACAAGAUUCGCAGUGCCCGCAUGUUCUAUGUCGGACCAUGCCUGGCUCGAAGAAGGGUGGAAGAUCUUCCAGCCGUUCAUCUCUGAGAGGGAUUAUUUUAUUUGGGAGAUCAAGAAUGAGAAAGAGUUCUCAGCAGCUCCUAUCUCAUACUCGAGAGGAUUGGCCUGGCUCAAGCACUUUAUGCUCCUGGGCCUUGCAGAAGCAACCAAGCUCGGCUAUGUGGCGGCCAAUGAAGUUGAUCAGCUGGAAGGAAGCAUCCAGGUGAUCACUUGGCACUCUAUGAGAGUCACCAUGCUGUCGGAGGCGGUGAAAGCGAAUGUCGACGACAAGAUCGUCGGCUUGCAGGAGCUCUCAGUGGCCAUGGUCAAGCAGAUGGCGAGCAAGCUCAAAGACGCAUGGCUCCCAGAUCCUGAGAAGUUCGUCAUUGAAGAAGACGAGGAGGUCACGGAGCCGAUCGUGACUGAGUUCAUCGUCAAGGCGACUUUGCCAGAGAAAGCUCUGGUAUCAGCUGACUUUAGGCAGAUCUUUGGACGCAUGGGCCUGCCACAGGCCCUGUGCCGUUCGGCAGCAGACGGGGGGCUGCUCUCUGCGGAGAUCUUUGCAAUGCUGGGAGACACUGCACAGGCAGUGAAAACCUCGCUCAGGACUAUGAUUGCCGAGGCAGAUCUUGGCACGACAGAUGCUGCCAGAGAGCUCGCAUUGAUGCAGCUCGCAGCAGUAUGGCAUGCAUGCCACGCUCUACAAGGGCAGUUCGCCACUCGGCGUGCGCGCAUGGAAGAGGACCCCAACAAGGUUCCAGAGAUGGCGCAAGAAGAUCACGCUGAGUUUCGGGCGCGCUUUGUUCAAGCCCAUCCAGAUGUCAUUUUGCUGGAUGCUAAAGAGCCUCACAAGAAGUUCGUGGAGAAGCUCAGCCGCGAUUUCUUGGUUCACGGCAUGGUGCCGUAUUACUCUGUGGCCGAGAUCCGGACACGUUCAGACAGCAUAGUGCAGAAGUCUGGGCUCUCCAAGAACGCAGAGGAUCUUUUGACGAUAUCCAAGGCGGAUGAACCUGAUCAGGUCACCGACUCUGUGACUAUGAUGAACAGGAUCCAUGCCUUUUUCAUGGCCUUGGAAUAUCUCAACAUUUGCACAUACUCUCGUGCGGCUGGCCCAUUGCGCUACCUGCAGGAGCUCGAGCAAUUUCGCUCGGAAUGUCCGGGCCUGCCUUACCUUUUGGCUGCUGACUCCUUGAUCAGGAAGAAGGUCAACAGGUUGCAGGCUGAGCAGCGCCAACUUUAUGGUACGUUCGAGGACGCCAUCAUCGAGGUCCUGAACAACCACAAGUACCUUUGGAACGACGCCCGAACAAAGGCAGUUCUUUCCAAAGUCGAUCGGCGCAGAGAGGAUGCCAGCGAGACUGGCGAUUCACAAGACAAGGUCGUCGAAGCGGCGCCCAAGAGCUCUCCCAACAAAGAUAGAAAGAAGCGCCAGCGGCUCCGCAACAAGGCGCUCCUCCGUGAAGCCAAGGAGUCUAAAGUCAAGAAGGAUCCAGCUGACAAAAAGUCAGCCUCAGCAAGAGAUGAGAAGGUCAGCAAGGACAAGCGGAUCCCAGACACAGAGUGGAAAGCGAUCGUGCAAGCCGCCAGCUCCGUGUCUGGCCCAAAGAGAUGUCAUUAUUUCAACUCCACCAUGGGAGAGGCAGGGCUGACACAAGCCAUCAUUGCUCGUGGUAUUAAGACCCUGCCCCCUAUUGAGAUCUUGGCCAACGAAUUUGUCGUCGAAGAGGUGGAUAUUUUGGAUCCCAAGGUUUUUCAACAUUUGUGCAAGUUAAUUCGCGCGGGGUGCAUUUUCUUUAUUCAUUUUGGCACACCCUGCUCCUCAUUUAGCCAAGCUCGCAAAGAUGAUGGCGGCCCACCACCGUUGCGUGAUCGACACAACCUGUGGGGACGCCCAAAACUAUCUCGACAGGAUCAAGCAAGAGUCGAGUUGGGCAACCAGUUCAUGGAACUCACAGUAGAGCUCUUGGUUUUAUGUUGCCAGUUCGGCGUCCAUUGGGCGCUGGAGAACCCGGCAUCAUCCUUUUUGUGGGACAUGCCACCAGUUCGCGCCCUGGCUGCUCGCGCUGGAGUGGGUCGGUUCAUUUUGGACAUGUGCAGGUUCCAAUCUAAACACAAGAAGCCUACAGCGCUCCUGUCUGAUUGCGACCUUAGUGCGCUGGCGCUCGCCUGUGAUCUGGAUGUGCGGCCUCAUGUUCACGAACCCUUGGUGGGCAUGGUUUUGUCUAAGGGCAAGAAGAUUUUCAAAACCAAGUUGGCUCAGGUCUAUCCGCCGCUUCUCUGCCAAGCAUGGGCGAAGGUGAUCGCAUGUCUGCAGGCGGAUCCACUGGCUGCCACGUUUCAGAUGGCCGUGCCAGCUCAUGAACGGAAACGGCCGCUCGGCCAACCUUUGCCAUGGGUCGUACAUAAACAACGUGCGACAGCAGAGAAAGCUCGUGAUGCAGGAUACCAGCUCAAGCGCUCGGCUUUGCCGCCACUUUUGCAGGUCGAGAUGGAACCUGGACAAGCUGUUCAACGAGCUUUACAAGUUCCACAUCCUUUUACUUUGGAUCCAGCGCUUGAUCCCGAUCUUCAAGAAGCUCUGGCGUUCGCUGUGCAUAAGCCUCACCAACUGCUUGGUCAUCGGCAAGGGGCUUUACAGUUUUGGGCUGAUCGGGCUGAGCGUCUUUUGCCGCUCACGGACCAGGAGCUCCGUGCCAUCCAUGAUCCCUACCUGCGGUCGCUGCUGCGCGGAGCACCUGAUGACCAACCUGUUCAGAUCGGCACGGUCACACAUGUCGCAUUGUGGCGGGAGCUGCUCGCUGCUAGCCGCUGUAUUGACAGCUCACUGGUGGACGAGAUGAUCAAUGGCUUCUCCAUUGUCGGCGACAUCAAGCGCUCAUUUCGUUGGCCGCAAUUACCGCUGCCUGAUGAUGCUCUGCCGGAACAAGAUCUUGUUUCGCGGGCCUGGGAGUUUUCCAACAAGGUCUUGAAGAACGUAAAAAGAUCAGAAGUGACGGAGAACACCUCCAAGAUCUGGGAGGCAACUAUGGAAGAUGUCCGUGAAGGAGUCACUGCAGGUCCUUUCUUCUCAAAAGACGAGGUCGACAAGUUCCUCGGCACUGAAGAUUGGAUCCCGACCCACAGCGGUUCGAAGUGGUGCAGAAGAACAAGGUGCCAAAUUCGACCCCAAGAAGCUCCAGCUCUGCGAGGACCCCGCGAUCUUAGGGGUGACCUACGAUUUGAAAGCUAUGUGCCUGAAGAUCAAAUCUUCGAGAAAGGAGGAGCUGCUGGACGAGAUCAAGUCUUGUCGCCUGGUCAAGCAGGCAAGUUGCGCGGCAAGCUCAUGUUUGGCGCUUCACAGUUGUGGGGGAAGAUUGGUAGGGCCUUUCUGAGAGCUCUCUCGGAGAGGCAGUACACGAGAUCUCCCGAGACUGGUCUCAACCUUGCGCUCAAGCUCGCGCUGAAACAGUGGGAGCUGCUGAUUGAUCAUGGUCCUCCGCGGCCUAUUACUGCAUCGGGCGCUCGACCUGCUGAUUACGUCAUCUUCACGGAUGGCAGCUUCCCUGAUCAGAAGAGCGACUUGCAAGAUCCUUGGAUUGGCGGCGUGUUGUUCAAGAAAGGCGCUAGACCGAUCCAGUUCGGAUGCAAAGUGGGCAUGGACUUGAUCGAGAAGUGGAUCCCGCGGAAGUCACAGAUCGCCAUGGUCGAACUCUUCGCUACAGUCGUGGCGCUCCAGACUUUCAAGCCUUGGAUCUCCAGCUCUUGGUCCCUGCUCUUUGUGGACUCUGCCACAGCCAAGCUGCACCAUCGUGGGCCGGAAAACGAACUCCCAGAGCUGGGACGCGGCGGUGGGUCGCUGGCUGCGGCCAUUGAUGGCGCCCUAGAGUCGGAGGUGCCCACAGUGUCUUUUGUCCAGGCAUCUGCUGAGCACCGUGGAAGAAUUCAGCGAUCACAGUCAAGUCGCAAGGCCAUGCUGAAAGCGCAACAGGAGCUCUGA